AUUAUCUGAAGACCGUGGCGUAUUUUCCCUCUGCCCUCCAGAAGCGGGCAGGCUGACCAGGGAACGGCCUACACAGACUCCACUGACCAAUGACAUUGCACAACACACUUAACAAACAUAUCAGUGGACCUAUCACACAACAGAAAAGGACGAAUUGCCACCUGUCAUAACCCAGAAUAUUAUCGACUGCUAAUUACAGCUAAACAAACUCCUGCCCUUUCAGCUGUAUACUACCAAUCACUGAAGGCCAUUGAAAGGCUGUCACUGCCACGAACCAAUCAGAACGUAGAGAUUCAGCUACUGCUGCAGGUCUAAAUGGAAAUCAGAAUGUCGGGAGACGCAGAGCCUUGACGGGAUUGGCUAAGCGACUGUGUCUGUGGCCUGUAAUUGGCUGAUUGUCUGCUAUUGGUCAGGAUGGCGAGGAGGGCGGAGCCUCUGAACCUCUCUUUCUUAUUGGACCAUGAAAGGGAGAUGAUCCUGAGUGUUCUACAGAAGGAUGAGAAAGUACGCAAGAGAGAAGAGAAACGUAUCAGGAAGCUGAAGAAUGAGCUGCUGGAGAUCAAGCGUCGGGGUCGCCGUAGCGACGCAGAGGAGCGUGAGUGUGCGGUGUGUCUGCGCGCGCUGGGAUUGGUCAUUGAGAGGGGCCGAGUCUGCGAGCAGUGCUCCCAUAGGGUGUGCAGCUUCUGCAUGGCCACGCCCCCAGGAAGCAAACUCACACGCUGCACCGUCUGCGCCAAGAUCUCAGAGUUGAAGGUGGCCACAGGGGAAUGGUUUGUGGAGGAGCGCUCCAAACGCUACAGCCAUAGCUCCUCCCCCGGCAGUGACAUCAUCAAGGAGUCCAUCAUGGCCAGUCCACCAGAUGGAGGCUCCUCCCAGAUGAGGUCAUCUGGCCAAUUACAGGCCACAGCCACAUCGCCCCUUCCCCCACGGCCCCCCAGUGGCCAAUCAGAAUGCAGUGUUGGACGCUCCAGUCAGGGCAAAGCAAAGAGGAAAGGGAGCAGUGUGUUGGCUGUGGAGUCGUCAGGGUUACCAGCGGUGCCAAACAACCAGAGAGGGUCAACGGUCCAAACACACACACACCUGGAGAGCAGACGACGAGUAAGGCCUGACGGAGCUGAGAGUGUGUGUAGCUUACGCAGUACCGAUAGCAUUACUGAGAAGCUAGCAGGUGGGCGGAGCCCUACGGGGUCGGCUACGCCCUCUAUUGCCGUCUCCAAAACAUCACUGACAUCAGACCGUAGUCGUUCUGAAUUGGACCUCACUGCAUCGGGAGUGGGGCCAAAUGAUGAUGCUCUGUCUGGCCGAUGCCGAUCUGUACCCGGCAUCAACGAGGCGGACUCUGAUGAGGAUAUCGAUGCUCUCAUGUCAGCUCACUACAAAUCAACACGAAGCAUGAGCAGUGCCCAGUCUGUGUCCUCCACUCCCUGCUCUGAGAGAAAGACAUACCUAAAUCUGCCCGACUCAGACGCUGACACUACGAGUCUGAGCAGCAUGAUGAGCGUGUACAGCGAGGCAGGUGACUACGGCAGUGUGUGUGUGUCGGGUGAGAUCCGGCUAAGUGUCAGCUACAGCUACAAGACUGGCGCUCUCACUGUGCUCGUUAGGGAGUGCCGUUCCCUAGCAACCGCCGACGAGCGUCGCCACCGCACCGACUCCUACGUGAAGACCUAUCUUCUCCCAGAUAAGUCUCGACAGAGCAAGAGGAAGACCAGUGUCAAAGCCAACACCAUCAACCCUGUCUUCAACGAGAACCUACGGUAUGUCCUCAGCCACUCUCAGCUGGAGACGCGCACACUUCAGGUGUCUGUGUGGCAUCACGACCGCUUUGCUCCAAACAGCUUCCUAGGAGAGGUGGAGAUUCCCCUCGACACAUCACAACUCGAAACACCUCUAGAAGAAUGGUUCUCACUACAGCCUCGCGCUGACAGUAGUCCUGAGUCAUUGUUGCAGUAUAAAGGAGAGCUGACUGUGGUGCUGAAGUACAUCCCUGCAGAGAAGAACCUCUCACUGCCACUGGACCAGGUGCAAGUGGUGAAGAAGGGUUUCCUGAAGGGGAAGCGUAAGAUCACGCUACCUGAAGGGGGCAGAGUGGAGCUACUGGUGAAGGAGGCCAAGAACCUCACGGCAGUCAAGGGGGGGUCAUCAGACCCAUUCGUUAAAGGCUACCUGUUACCUGAUGAACGUAAGAGUACGAAGCACAAGACAUCGGUCGCACAUGGAACAGUGAAUCCGCGAUGGAACCACACGUUCACCUACUGUGGCCUUCAGCCUUCUGACCUGGAGAGUGUGUGUUUAGAACUCACGCUGUGGGAUAAGGAACCGCUAUCCAGCAAUGUGUUCUUAGGAGGAGUGCGCCUAGGGGCUGGCACAGGAUGGGCCGAAGCAAAGGAGUCAGCUCCUCGCUUACUAGUUAAAGUCAUGGGACAAGAUGCUGAGGCCCUCCUAGAUUCAGGCAGUGUUAUCACCCUAGUUCGACCUGAACUGGUGGAGGAGCCAAAUGUCGAACCAGUAGUGGUGGCAUGCAUACAUGGUGACACCAAGAGCUACUCCACAAGCCAGAUACUGGAGCACCCCUCCGCAAUCCUAGGUUGCGAAACUAAGAAGGGCUUGAAGAGUUGUGAAACCUCAGACCGCCCAUGCAUGGGCCGCACCCUCACCACAGGAUUCCCUGUCCAGUCCUGA